GAAUCGCUGCUGUGGGUGUGUAACUAACACUGUCUCCAUUCCACAGAAUCAACUAACGUUACUUAACAGUAACACUGGCCAUGCAAGGCCAUCACUGCAGCUAGUCUCUGUCAUUAUUAAUAUCCAUAUCGCCUCCUUUGAACCAAGGACUACUGGAAUUAUUCGGUUUGCAGUCGUUUAUCGUCCGGUUUGACCUGCUUAACCACUAACGUCCUGAACAGGAUUUGCGGUCUGUCAAUGAGGAACUACAGGCUCAUCUUCUGCCACAACCUGAAGCAACCAUAGAUGAACGAUUUGUUUCCUACUAGUGAGUGGAGCAGGAGAUAAAGUGAACUUCUGGGCAUUUCUACAACAAGACGGACUGAAGCAGCCAGGCUGUGGAGGCGAUGAGGAAGAGCCUCAAUACUUCCCUCAGCGACUCCCUCAGCACGGCCAGAGUGUUUGGGAUCCCCCUGGAGGAGGUGCAGCAAGGCGGGCAGCCAGGACAUGAGGUCCCCCUGCUGGUCAGGAGCAUCGUGGAGUACAUUGAAGAGCACGGAGGGCUGCACCUGGGUCUGUUUCUAGUGAACGGGAACGCAGAACGCGUGGAAUGGCUCAGGCAGCGCUACGACAGUGGCGUUGAAGUGAACCUGGAGAAGGAGGCCGACCUGGCGUCAGCGGUCAGUCUGCUACGCCUCUUCCUGCAGGAGCUCCCCGAGCCCGUCAUCCCUGCAGGCUUACAGGCGCAAAUAAUGCAGCUUUAUCAAGACUACAGCAGUGAGGAAGAGCUGGGCAGAAACAUGAAGUACUUCCUUCAACAGCUGCCGCAGGUCAAUUACAGCUUGCUCCGCUUCCUGUGCCGGUUUCUGUCUGGUGUGGCGUCUCUUCAGGAGGAGAGCUGGAGCAUAGGAGCUCUCGCUGCCGUCUUUGGGCCAGACAUUUUCCAUUUAGACACAGACGUGGAGGAUCUGAGGGAGCAGGAGUCAGUCAGCCGUAUUCUGGCAGAACUGCUGGAGAACCAGGAGGAGUUCUUUGAUUCGGAGGACGAAGACAUCUCCAACACCAAUGACUACAGCUCCAUUAAUGACCAGAUCACUGAGCUCCUGGAGGAAGAGAAGUUGGAGGCUUGCGAGGAGCUCCCGCAGGACGGGGAGGAUGGUCCCUCCACCCUGUCCCCUAAACAUGCCCAUGUCACCCCCUCCUCCAGUUCGCACAUUUCUUCCAUCAGCAUUCUUCCAGGAUCUGCCGCUAUAAUCCAGAGGAGCAUCUGUGCUGCAGUGGAACAGCGCUUAUUGGACUUACAGACAUCUAUUGACAAAGAGCUCGGCAGCUAUGAGAGUCAAGUGUUGGACUCCCAACCCCUUCAGGGAAACAGCCCUAUUCAGAAGACACCGGGGUCUGAGGAGCAUGAAGAUGUGCAGUCUGAAUCUGAGACUCUCCCGGAGGUUACAGACGAGGGCCUGCCAUCAGAGAACAGCGAGGAAUCUCAAGGCUCUCAGCUCAGCAGCCCUGUCACGGAAGAAAGUUGUGGGAUGGACCUUGACACGGAGACUCGUAUAGACGCUGAGAAUCUCAGCACAGAAAGACUGGAGAGCUACCCAGAGUAUGAGCAGAUGGACCAGGCUGAUGUUAUCCCCUGUGAGCCCGGAGACUGUGACCUGAAUGCUAAUACUGAGUCCAAAGAGCCAGCCAGCGGCCCUCAGUCUUUGACCAGAAGCAUUCUCUCAGACAGUGAACAAGAAGCAUCAUGCCCCAUCAAUUUCCCACCCAUUGACUUCACAUGUAUGCACCUGCAGAGAGAAGGGAGCGACCCUGUGCCAGUGUUCAUGUCAUGGCAAGAGGAGACCGAGUCAGGGGAGGCCCAACUGUCACCGCUGGCAGGCCGCAUGAUGCCCCCACCUCUAGAAGAAGAUACUCAGCCGCUACUGGCCCGGCGGUUUCUGGAAUUUGGCCACAGUCAGCGGUUCUUGCAGCAGGACCACGAUGCUACAUCCUCCACCAAAGCUUUGCCCUGUGGGAGGCCUCGCCGUGCUUCCCUCACUUCCAAAGACACUCUGAAGGGAGACACCGUUUCCCAACAGUUCACCAAGAAACUCCAGAACCUCAAGAAGAAGAUCAAGCAGUUUGAGGAACAGUUUGAAAAAGAGAGAAACUACAAGCCGUCUCACGCUGAAAAGGCCGCUGAUCCAAAGGUGCUGAAGUGGAUGACUGACCUCACCAAAAUCCGCAAGCAGCUCAAAGGACGACAGCACCUCUUACCCAAAGGUUCCCUGAGGCACCAGGCCGUGCUUCAGUCAUACAGACGCCACUCGUCCUCUUCCUCCGCCCCGAACACACCCCAUUUUACACUGUCACGCCCCCUCAAUGCCUCUAGACAGGCGCCCCACUUCUAUGCCAAACACAAGGCUGAGAGUGAGCUGACGCCGCAGACGCGUCCACGCAGUAACACUCUCCCCAAGAGCUUUGGAUCCACACUGGAUCAGUCGGCUCACGGGGACGCCGUGGAGAGUGAGGCACGGGGUCACCGGCCCACAAGAGAAGAGACGCUGGAGCUCAUUCAGCACUGCAUCCAAACCAAGAGAGCCGAGGACGGCUGGCCAGAGGACGUCAGAAAAAUGACAAAGGAGCAGCUUGCCAGUGAGAAAACACUACUGCAGAAGAACCUUCUGUACUAUGAGGGAAUUCAUGGGCGCCCUGUGACCCGAGAGGAGCGCUUGAUUGUGAAACCCUUGUAUGACAGAUAUCGGCUGGUCAAGCAGAUGCUCACCCGUGUCAGCAUCACCCCUAUCAUAGUUUCUCCCUCCAGCAAACGGCGUAAUCAGAUGCUACAGCCCAUCAUCGAGGGCGAAACUGCCCACUUCUGUGGUGAGAUCGAAGAAGAGGAGGAGGAGGAGGGCAGGGGCCAGCAGGAACAUGUAGAGAUGCAGAGCGAGGGUUCGGAAAUCAUCAUGGACCCAGUAGCCCAGCCCACUCAGGAGAACGUCCUCAGCUCUGGGAAGCUCAAUCUCGAUCUGCGUCUGUCCAGUUCCAACGCCGCCUCCAUGCCCGAGCUCCUGGAGCAGCUGUGGAAGGCCAGAGCAGAGAAGAAGAAACUGAGGAGGACCAUCAGAGAGUUUGAAGAUGAGUUCUACCAACAGAAUGGCAGGAAUGUUCAGAAGGAAGACCGCGUGCCUAUGAUGGACGAAUACAAGGAGUACAAGCGCAUUAAAGCCAAACUGCGGCUUCUGGAGGUCCUCAUCAGCAAGCAGGAUUCAUCCAAGUCCAUCUGAAGCGCCCCGUUCCAGGAGCCUGCACCAUCUCAAGAUCAACGUCAACAGCCGUCCCCCUUCACUCAACCACUGGAGGAGAAGAAGAAGAAACACCUGUCCUCUGUCAUCUGUCAGGAAGAACGGAGUUCCCUUGAGUUUGAUAUUCAGACUUUUGUCUUUCUUUUCCACGAGCUUUCUCAUACUGAGAAUCGUGCUGCGUUGAGUGAUCGCAUCAGUUCUACAUAUAUAUAUAUGGACAUCAAGCACUGAACUCUUCCUCAGACCACACCGAUGGUCAUCAUAUUUCAACACCCACAUCACACUCCUCCUCGCCCUAAUUCAUGCUCUUAGAGGGUGUGAUUUGGGUCCUAUGUAUGUAUACUUGUACAAACUAUACUAUUCUGUAUGUAGACUUAAAUAUUUCAGUGUUUUUCUUGAUUUCAAUGUAUUGGCACAGUGAAUUAUCGAGUGCUUUUUUUUUUUUUUACAUUUAUUUUUGCCCCUGAGCUUUCGGUUACAAAUCAGAGGACUCUUGUAUCAAGCUGGUGCUCUUUUUUUUUUCUUUUUUUCUUUUUUUUGUAUGUGUGUGUGUAUGUAAUGACACUUGCAUCAUCUGAUCAGACUGAAAAAAGCUACUCCAGCUGGACUGUCACAAACUCUUCCUGAUUCAUAUGUAAAUGACACAUAGCUGUAUGUCCGCAUUCACAUCUGACUGACGAUGAUGAUGAUGUAAUGAAAGUGAAUAUAUAUGCCAAACUGAUACGUUAAAUCACAGUGGUACAUAUUAGAUCAUUUCUGAUGCUAUAGUUAGUAUAAAUAGAUGGAGUUUGUUAUUUUGUAUGUUAAUGUCUCACCUCUAGACUCUUGGUUUGCCAGUGUGUACACAUUCAACUUCAGUCUCAAAGCAUCCGGUCGUGACCAAUAAUGCUGUUAGUUAGGAGAACGUGAUAAUUAGAUGACCCUGACUCACUUUUCAGCAUAUCUUCUGAUCCGUCAUAGUCGCUUUUCAGCAGCCGGCUCAUAUCGUGACAGUAUCAGCUUUGAUACGUGCUGCUGGCAUUGAGCUGAACUGAUGAUCAAGUCUUAUCGGAGAGAUAGCGAAGGAAGGAUGCGAGGAUGGCGAGUUCCGCGGGUCGUCCGAGGUCAGAUGAGCAUUUUGUGGCCGAGGUGGUCAAGUGUUUGAUACAGUGGUGAGUCGUGACAGAUGAAGGAGGUGAUGGAGAUUAUUUGCACAGCAUUCUGGGAAUGCAGUCUGUUAUGUUUGUUCCAGUUGUUUCUCGUUUACUCAAGCACUACUUGCACGUGAAUGCUGCGAGUGCAGGUUGUUAUCGGACGUGUUCUGGCCCAUCUAUCACUGUGUGGUGGUGUCCUUUUUUACGACCAUUAUUUUGUACUCUGGUUUUUUUAUCGUCUCACUUUCUGCUGUUCAGCUUUUUGCUGUGGUUGUUCCUCUGUAUUAGUGAAGCCCCUGCUUUGUCCUGUUUUGUAUAAGCUUGUCAGUAGUAGGUUUGCAUGGCAGAAAUUUGUAUUUCUAUUUUUGUGCCAUGAAAAUAAAGCAAUAAAUAAGCACCGGGGCCUGUAUCAGUGGAAUGAGAGCCCUCCUCUAUCCAGUAUGUGCAUUUUAAAUAAACGUCUUGUGAGAAUUA